AUGGCCUUCUUCGGAGCUGAGUUGAUACGCGAGAAGGCUUCUUCUGUUGGACUGUUUGAUCGCGAAUGGCUCAUCUGUCUAUUUGCUGUCCUUUCCUCCAAAAAAACAAAUGCUAGUUUUACCCAAAUACUCCUUUACACACCCAACCAGCGGCCAUCUGAGCAAUCUGGACGCACUCUUCCCAGACCCCGACAACUAAUGCUCAACACCUGCCGGUCUGGCGGAUCUGCUUCCGCAAUGUCUGUUGGUGUCGUCGCCUCGUCAGCUUCAUCAAAGGCCCCACACCUUCUGCCGCCGAAGCCGGAGCCCAGCAACAGCAGAUUCGGCGGAAAUGAACUCACCAACUGCCUGGCCGACAUACAGCGCAUCAGUCUUCUCCUGCGCAGACAACACAGGCCAACGACGGUUGAUGCCCUGGACAAAGCGAAAAGCAGAUGUGCCUGUAACAAGGCGCCGAUCGACAACAACACCACCACCAUCAACACUCACAAACACAAACACAACCACAACCACAACAGCAGCAGCAACAGCAACAGCAGC